AGUCCCACCACCCGCAUGGCUAACAAACUUCAAACAUCUAUGCCACUCCCAAAUCCAACGCAAAAUCUGCCUCAAGAUAAACAUCAUCCCCAGAUCUUAAGGCAAUCCAACGGUUGUUACAACCAUACUACAAUAGCAUCUAAUUCACUAUUGAUUUACCAGCCUGACGUUGCAUUAAGAUUCGUACCUUGCGCUGAUCUCGAGGCAAAUAUUUCCUCUCCCGCGAGGACCAGAGGGACUCUUCCGCCAUUUUUCUACCUCUCAGAUCACCAAAAAAAUCUUAGCUUUUUCGCUUUGUUGAAGAUGAGAUCAGGGUUAGGGUUAGGGUUUCUGGUCCUUCUCGUUGCCCUCGCCUUCGCACCGCUCCCAUCGGAAUCCUCAUGCCAGCUUGACUGCGAUGCUCUGGCUUCAUACAUCAUCUCCAACGACACCGGCAAUCUCACAUACGUCGUGAAGCUCUUUGAGGUUACCGAAGCUGCAAUCCUAUCCGUAAACGGAAACCUCAACAAGGAUAUCCUCUUACCAGGCAAUCGCAUCUCCGUUCCUAUCCAAUGCAAGUGCCUCGCUGGUGGUGCCUACUCCGCCGACCCCAUUCCUUACACAGUUGCGCGCAGAGAAACCUACAGUAUCAUCGCCCAGGACCGUUUCAACAACCUUACCACCGCCAGUUGGCUGGCUGCGACCAAUCCCUCCUACCCCGCGACGAAUAUCCCUGAAAACUCGUUGAUCAAUGUUACUGUGAAUUGUUCCUGCGGGGAUGCUUCCAUUUCUUUGGAUUAUGGCUAUUUUGAGACGUACCCGUUGGAGGAUGGGGAGAAUUUGAGCUCUGUGGCGGCUGCAUUCAACUUCUCUUCUUCGGUGGAUUUGCAGCUUCUGAGAGACUACAAUCCUGGUGUCAAUUUCACCGCUGGGGAUAUUGUAUUCGUUCCAAAGAAAGAUUCUUCUGGAAGCUAUCAUCCUCUUAGUACAUCAAGUUCAGGAUCAGGAAUAUCAGGAGGUGCUGUUGCUGGAAUUGCAGUAGCUGGUAUAGUUGUUGUUCUGGCAUUGGUUGUCUAUUUAUAUUUUGGGAUUUACAAGAAAGGAAAGGCAAGGAAAGCCUCAUUGCUUCCAUCAGCAUAUGGAGAUAAUUUUGUUGGACAUGAUCUUGGUGGUUCAUCCAUCACAGAUAAAGUUUCAGUGCCAUCCACAACAGGCAGUGCUGUCACAGGCUUUGCAGUUGAAAAAUCGGAGUUCCCUUACGAGGAGCUUGCUACAGCAACAAAUAACUUCAGCAUUGCUAACAAAAUUGGUGAAGGUGGUUAUGGAGCUGUAUACUAUGCUGAAGUUAGAGGAGAGAAAGCUGCAAUCAAGAAAAUGGAUAUGAAAGCAACUAAAGCAUUUCUUGCUGAGAUAAAAGUUCUGACACAUGUUCAUCAUUUAAAUUUGGUACGCUUGAUAGGAUAUUCAAUGGAUGACUCCUUAUUUCUUAUUUAUGAAUUCAUUGACAAUGGGAACUUGAGCCAACAUUUGCGUGGGUCAGAUCUAUUAGGCAGGGCUCCUCUUUCAUGGUCUGCUAGAGUUCAGAUCGCUCUGGAUUCAGCUAGAGGGCUUGAGUAUAUCCAUGAACACACUGUUCCUGUUUAUGUACAUCGAGAUAUUAAAUCAGCAAACAUCUUGAUUGACAAAAACUUUCGUGCAAAGGUUGCAGAUUUUGGAUUAGCAAAACUCACUGAAGUCGGCAAUUCAUCAACGCAAACUGGGGUUGCUGGAACUUUUGGUUACAUGCCUCCAGAAUAUGCUCAGUAUGGUGAAGUUUCGCCCAAAGUAGAUGUUUUUGCAUUUGGUGUGGUCCUUUACGAGCUUAUCUCAGCCAAAGAAGCCAUUGUGAAAAAAGAGGCGGAAUCAAGGGGAUUGGUUGCUCUGUUCGAGGGUGUCUUUAACCAGCCUGAUCCAAAGGAGGAAUUGCAGAAACUAAUUGAUCCAAAUCUUAACGAGUACCCAAUGGAUGCAGUUCUGAAGAUGGCUCAUCUUGCCAAGGCAUGCACACAGGAGAACCCUCAGCUGAGGCCUAGCAUGCGAUCCAUUGUUGUUGCACUAAUGACAUUAUCCUCCGCUACUGAAGACUGGGACCUCGGAACCUUGUAUGAAAACCAAAGUUUUGUUAGUCUCAUGUCUGGAAGGUGAGCUCUUAUCCAUCCAUGCCUUCACCACCUUACUCCUGUAAAUGCUGUAAAUUACAUAGCAUUCUUAUGGAGUCUUUUACUGCAAAGUCAGACAAGCACAGUCAUAGUUUGUAUGUAUGUUUGUACCUCCCUCUGAAAUUCAUAUCUAUAUGCAAAUUGUAUUAUUAAUAAAAUGACCAGUUCAUGUAAUUCUUUCAACAAACUAUGUAUUUUAGCAAUGUAUAAUGAUAUUGAUUUUGAGUCUUGUA